AUGACGACCAGUGCACAAGCCCCGAAAGCAAUGCGCCUGGAGCUUCUGCCGCCAAGUACAGCACAUACCUUCACGACACCAUCGAAAAGAAUUAACGACGGCAACGACCUUUCUUUCUUCUUGUCAUCUACCGCAUAUCGCGAUCUGACAGUAUGGAUCCUACAACUCAACCGCUCCAUGUUCCCAAUUUCUAAGGAUGGGAAGGACGAAAUAUGCAGUCUUCUCUCGCCACCAUCAUCCUCUUCCAGCAUCACAAGCGUUCAAUCAAUAUUAAAAGCUCUGACGAAUCUACUGGAGAAAGCACCACCAAGUACAGGGCCACGAAGAUUCGGCAACGUAGCCUUCCGCGACUGGUUCAACCUUGUCGAGCAAGAUAUCGAAUCUCUCGUCAGUACACACCUGUCCAGUAUCUUCCAAAUAUAUGUCAGCGACGACCACGAACGGUCAAACGAGCUGGUCAACGAAUUACGAUCCUACCUAAUAGGCUCCUUCGGUAGCCCACAGCGCCUCGACUACGGUACUGGCCACGAAUUAUCCUUCCUUGCCUUCUUGGGCUGUCUCUGGAAACUCGACUUCUUCCAGGAUGGCGAAGAAAGGACAAUAGUAUCAAGUCUCAUCCAGCCAUACCUUAUCCUCAUACGCAGACUAAUCCUAACAUACACCCUCGAGCCCGCCGGUUCCCAUGGCGUCUGGGGACUAGACGACCACAGCUUCGCCCCUUACAUCUUCGGCUCUGCACAACUAGGGCCAGCCAUCGACCCAGAAGAUUGGAGCAAACCAGUACCGACAGAAGGCUCCCACCACUCUGCCCCUUCACCCGCUUCUGUCACCAAGAAAGACGUCGUCAGGGACUAUGAGGGGAGUAACAUGUACUUCUCCGCCAUCCAAUUCAUCUACGACGUCAAGAAAGGUCCCUUUUGGGAACACUCACCUGUAUUAUACGAUAUCAGCGGCUUGAAGGACGGGUGGGGAAAGAUCAACAAGGGCAUGUUGAAAAUGUAUGCGGCGGAGGUAUUGGGCAAAUUCCCGGUAGUGCAGCAUUUCCCCUUCGGUAGUCUUUUUAAGUGGGAGGCGGAUCCAGAUGCGGUUGCGCAGACUGGGAGCGUACAUGCGCAACAGCAGCCAGUGUCGAAGGAUGUGCCUAUACCUCCACCUGGUGGUAGUGGAGGUGUUGGUGUUGGUGUGGGGACUGCUGCGCCAUGGGCGAAGUCGAGUGGAGGUAGUACGCAGGCAUUCGCGACGUCAUUGAUGCCUGCUAGUACUGGCAUACCUUCUACCAGAGCACCGUGGGCUGGAAGUGCGGGCGCGACAACAUCGAUGUCUCCACCAGGGGGCGUGAGGAGGUCUGCUGCUACUACUCUGGGACGAAAUCCGGAAAUACCCAGACCACUUGAGCGGCCUAGAUGA